GGACCCAGAGGGGGGUGACGUGUGUGUGUCCCGUUGUGUCUGCCCGUUUGCCUGCACCCCAGGAAUGGGGGCCCCGGUAACCCCGGCCUGCCUGCUGCUCCUCCUGCACCUCACAGCUGGGACGUCUGCAGAGCCGCGCUAUGUGGUGGUGAGCCCAGCCGUGCUCUACCACCCACACACGGGGACGGUGUCAGUUCAUCUCAGCGACCUCAAUGAGACUGUCCGGGCGAGCGUCCGGCUGGAGAGGGGGGAUGGGCCCAGCACUAUCACCCUGCUGGAGAGAGAGGUCCAGAAGCCCUGUCUACAUGAGAACAUGCGUUUCCAGGUUCCAGCCCCGUCUGGGGGGCAGCAGGAAGUGGCAGAGCUGCACGUCUCGAUCCGGGGAGAUGCCCUGCAGUUCUCUGAGCGGAAGGAAGUGCUGCUGCGGGUGCUGGAGCCCGGGACCUUUGUGCAGACGGACAAGGCCGUCUACAAGCCGGGACAGACAGUGAAGUUUCGAAUUGUCAGUUUGGACAAAGACUUCGUUCCCAGUACCCGGAAGCUGCCCCUGGUGACCGUGCAGGAUCCCAGCGGGAACCGCAUCGCGCAAUGGCGAGAUGUGACUCCACAGCAGGGCAUCGUGGAUCUGUCCCUCCCACUGUCUGCAGAGCCGGCCCUGGGGACGUACGCCAUCGAGGCGCAGGGGACGAGGCACUCGUUCAGCGUGGAGGAAUACGUGCUGCCCAAGUUCGAAGUGACACUGGAGCUGCCCCGCGUGGUGACGGUGCUGGAUGAGACGCUCCUGCUGCGGGUGUGCGGCCGAUACACCUACGGGAAACCUGUCCAGGGGAGGGUCCAGGCCAGCCUGUGUUGGGCGGAACAACCACCAUAUUUCAGGUUCAGUUCUUAUGUGUCGCUAAUUCGGUGCACGGAGCUUACUGGCCAGACUGAGAGAAAUGGCUGCUUUUCCAGAGAGGUGGUUAUAGCUCCCGUUAACCUAACCAACUCUCACUACAAGCUGAGCCUCCAGGCCAAGGCGUCUCUCAUGGAGGAGGGGACAGGGGUGGAGCUCAACGUGACCAAGAGCUGUGACAUCAUGUCUGAAAUCGCUACGGUGACCUUUGAGGACGCUGACGCUACCUACAAGGCUGGAAUCCCCUACACUGGCAAGAUGCUCCUGAAGGCGGCAGGUGGCUCUGCGCUGAAGAAUGAGAAGGUGAAACUCUUUGUUAGCUAUGGAGAUAAGAAUAAGAAGCAGACCUUUCGUACGGACGAGUCUGGCAGAGCCUCCUUCGAGCUGGACACCUCCGACUGGACCGGGACGGUCUCUCUGAGGGGGCGCUUCAAGCAGGUGGCUCGCAGCUCUGUGUAUGGGAGAGUCUCUCCCAGUUAUCCAGAUGCCCAUCGUAACCUGGAGCCCUUCUACUCCAAGAGCCAGAGUUUCCUGAAGAUCCGCUCGCUGGGAGGGGUGCUGCCCUGCGACCAGGCCCAGCAGCUCCAGGUGGAUUAUGUCAUUGCUAGGGAGGUCCUGGGGAACGGGUCCAGGAGCCUGGAUUUCAUCUUCCUGGUCGUGGCCAAGGGAGCCAUCGCCAGGAUCCUCCACAAGGGGCUGGACCUCAGGGAGGGGGCUGGGCUGAAGGGCUCCUUCUCUGUCGAGCUGCCCGUCGGCUCUGAGCUGGCGCCCACUGCCACGGUGCUGGGUUACACGGUGCUGCCCGAUGGCGAGAUGGCUGCCGACCGCGCCCAGCUGCGCAUGGCCAAGUGCCUCCUGAACAAGGUGAAGCUGGCCUUCUCACAGGACCGGGCCCUGCCAGGCUCAGAGCUCCAGCUGUGGGUGCAGGCUGCCCCCGGGUCCCUGUGCGCCGUCCGCGCCGUGGAUGAGAGCGUGCUGCUCAUGAAGCCCGAGGCCGAGCUCAGCGUCGACACUGUCUAUAACUUGCUCCCCAAUUUUCCCAGAGGAGACUAUCCCGAUGCAGUGCGAGAGCCUGAGUCAUGUGAUGAUCCGCCCCAGGCUCCAGUUCCUCACUGCCGUGGCUUAGGUGGCCAGUGGAGGUGUCGCAGAGGGACUAGCAGCCAGACUCCCCCUCGGCAUGACACCUACAGCCUGUUUAAGGAUGCGGCUUUGAAAAUUCUCACCAACACCAACACCAAGCAGCCCUGUGAACAUGAAUUCUCAAUGGAGGAGUAUUAUGACAUGGCACCCUUAAUUCCCAUGGAAGACAUGAUCCCUGAGGGAGAAAUGGUGGUUAUUGCAGCAGGGAGCCCAGUGAGCGAUGGCCGGCUAGUGCCAGAACCCAGUGCCCAGGCGGAGCCAGUGCCACGUGCGUACUUCCCAGAGACGUGGCUGUGGGACCUGGUGCCUGUGGGCGAGGGGGGCUCCAAGGACGUCCCAGUCUCGGUGCCCGACACCAUCACAGAGUGGAAAGCUGGGAUGUUCUGCACGGCCGAGGUGGGCUUUGGCCUCUCGCCCACGGCCACCUUCACGGCCUUCAAACCCUUCUUUGUGGAGCUGGCCUUGCCGUACUCCGUGAUCCGGGGAGAGGCCUUUGCCCUAAAGGCCACCGUCUUCAACUACCUGCGGCAGUGCAUCAAGGUGCAGCUGACGCUGGCCGAGUCUGCGCAGUUCCAGGUGCAGGCGGGCGAGGACAGCGCCUACACCAGCUGCCUCUGUGCAGACGAAGGGAAAACCUUCCAGUGGGAGGUGACGGCGAGCAGCCUGGGGGAGGUGAACUUCACCGUCAGCACCGAGGCUCUGCGCACCGAGGAGCUGUGCGGCAACGAGCUGGCUGUGGUGCCGGCCCAGGGGCGAGUGGACACCGUGAUAAAGCCCCUGCUGGUCCAGCCAGGGGGGAUCCUGGAGGAGAAGGCGCACAGCUCCCUGCUCUGCCAGGAAGCGUCCGAAGAAAUCUCCUUACAGCUGCCUGCGAACAUCCUGGCGGGGUCCGAGCGGGCCCACGUGACUGUCCUGGGAGACAUAAUGGGCACAGCUCUGCAGAACAUAGACCGCUUGCUGGCCAUGCCCUAUGGCUGCGGAGAGCAGAACAUGGUCCGCUUCGCUCCCAACAUCUACAUCCAGCAGUACCUGGAGAAGAGCGGGCAGCUGAACCCGGAGAUCAGAGACAAGGCCAAGGGUUUCCUCCAGAGCGGCUACCAGCGCGAGCUGCUCUAUAAACACAACGACGGCUCUUACAGCGCCUUUGGGGAGAGCGACGCCACGGGCAACACCUGGCUGACGGCCUUCGUUCUCAAGUCCUUUGGCCAGGCCAGACCCUACAUCUCCAUCGACGAGAAGCACCUAGAGGACGCCCUAAGGUGGCUGCAGCUUCACCAACUGGAGAGCGGCUGCUUCCGCAGUGUGGGGAAGCUGUUGAACAACGCCCUGCAGGGCGGCGUGGUGGACGAGCUCUCUCUCUCUGCUUACAUCACGGCGGCGCUGCUGGAGCUGGGGCAGCCGCUCACGGACCCCAUGGUGACCAGGGCCUUCCAGUGUCUCCAGGAGUCGAGCACCAGCGACCUCUACACGCAGGCGCUGCUGGCCUACGCCUUCGGGCUGGCGGGGAGCACUGAGCGGCGGGACACCCUUCUGCAGCGCCUGGCCCAGCACAGCGUCAGCGCCGGGGGACAGCUGCACUGGCAGAGGAAGGUGAAGGCCCUGCCCAGCCCCUACGGGAACCAGGCCCCGUCAGCAGAGGUGGAGAUGACGGCUUAUGUGCUCCUGGCCUAUCUCUCCCUUCCCAACGUGUCUGCUGCCGACAUGGCGACCGCCGCCCAGAUUGUCCGCUGGCUCAGCAAGCAGCAGAACCCCUAUGGGGGCUUCGCCUCGACGCAGGACACGGUGGUGGCCCUGCAGGCCCUGGCCAAAUACGCAGCCCUGACGUACAGCGCGAGUGGGGCUGUGUCGGUGACGGUGAGCUCCCAGGCCGGGGCCCGGCAGCAAUUCCACAUGGAGAACGCCAACCGGCUGGUGCUGCAGCGAGCGGUCCUGCAGGAGAUCCCCGGGCAGUACACGCUGCGGGCCAGCGGCAAGGGCUGUGUCUUUGUGCAGCUGACUCUGCGCUACAACGUGCCGCCCCCAAAGAGCGCCGCGACCUUUGACCUGCGGGUGGAGACGGAGCCGAAGGAGUGCACCGAGAGCGCCAGAUCCCGCUUCAGCCUCGUGCUGCACGCCCGGUACAGCGGGGAGCGCCCAGCCACCAACAUGGCCAUCAUCGAGGCCAAGCUGCCAUCCGGCUACACCCCUGUCAAGAGCUCCCUGCGGCAGCUGGAGAAGCAGCCUUUGGUGAAGAGGCUGGAGGUGCAGAAUGACCAGGUGACGCUCUAUCUGGACCAGCUAACGAAGGAGGCGGCGAGUUUCACCUUCUCCCUGGAGCAGGAUUUCCCUGUGAAGAAUCUCAGAGCAGCCCCAGUGAGACUGUACGAUUACUAUGAGACGGGUGAACACACAGAGGCUGAGUACAACGCCCCUUGUGGCUCAGCCCCUGACGCCAACACGAUGGAAAAUUCCCGCUGAAGCCCCCGCCCCUGCUGGGCAGCCCCCUCCCCUCCUGUCCCAAGAGCCCCGCGCCGGCAGCCGACACCCCAGGAUCAGGGGGGCACGGACAGGCCUCGGCUCAGCUGCUGCUCUUCUCCGAACCAGCUGCACUAUCCCCCUUAGCACCUUCUUCAGCCAACGCCUCCCCGUUUGCUCUGCAAACAUCCCACCUGCUCUCCCAUCUCUCAGCCUCCAGACCGGCCCGCGUGAUCCCAGCUGUCUGUCACAUGCGGUGACCAGUGGCUGCAGUGGGAACCCCUGGGGUUUGCUGCCCGUCCUGCCUGGAGCGGCUGGUUCAGUGUAAAACAAAAUACAAAACCCCACCUCUU